CCUUCAAGCUAACCAAACCAGUACUUGCCUCAUGGAUCCAUUCCCUCUACUAGAAAACCACACUAUAAUUCUUGAAGCCUUGGCUGUAAUUAUAGUCAUUUACUAUUUGUCAAACAUUUAUCAAAACACAAAAAAGCCUAUAUCUGCACCUGAAGCAAGUGGUGCAUGGCCAAUAUUAGGCCACUUCAAACUAUUUAAUGGUUCAUCUGGUCUGCCUCAUGUAGCCUUUGCAUCCAUGGCUGACAAAUACGGACCAAUUUUCACCGUCCGGCUUGGGGUACGUAGAGUCAUGUUGGUGAGUGAUUGGGCGAUAGCCAAGGAGAUCUUCACGACCCAUGAUGUGAUCGUCUCUUAUCGUCCCAAAUACCUUGCUGCCAAGAUUUUGGGACAUAAUUAUGCUUCUUUCACAUUCGCCCCAUAUGGUCCUUAUUGGCGUGGAAUACGUAAAAUUAUAUCGUUGGAGUUAUUGUCAAGUAGUCAGCUAGAGAAGCUAAAGUAUGUUCGAGUUGAUGAGCUAGAGAACUCAAUAACAAACUUGCUUGAGCUAUGGAAGGAGAAGAAAGAUAGUGAAGGAAGAGUGUUAGUGGAAAUGAAUAACUGGUUUUGGGAAUUGAAUAUGAAUACAAUGCUUAGAAUGGUGGCUGGAAAAAGGUAUAGUGGAGCUGUGGAUGGUGAAGAUGACAAAGAGAUGAAGAAACGCCGAGAAGUGAUGAGGGAAUGGUUUCAAUAUUUAGGACAAUUUGUGGUGGCGGACGCGCUUCCUUUUCUUGGGUGGUUGGAUAUUGGUGGAUAUGUGAAGAUUAUGAAUCGAGUUGCCAGAGAAGUCGAUUCCAUGGUUGGGAAAUGGUUAGAUGAACAUCGCCAGAAGAUAGCUUCUGGUGAUGAUACAGAGGCAAAAGACGCCAUUGAUGUAAUGAUAGAAGUGGUUGAAGCCGAUGACUCUGUAAAUUAUGAUGUUGAUACUAUUAUCAAAGCGACUUGUACGUCUCUUAUUGUUAGUAGCGCGGACACAACAACAGUAAUGCUUACGUGGACGCUCUCGUUGCUAUUGAACAAUCGGCACGUUCUCAAAAAAGCUCAAGAAGAGCUAGAGACACAUGUGGGGAAAGAUAGACAAGUCAAUGAAUCAGAUAUAAAAAAUCUAGUCUACCUCCAAGCUAUUAUAAAAGAAACUUUACGACUAUACCCAGCUGGGUUCCUAGGAGGUCCAAGAGCCUUUUCAAAAGAUUGUACCGUAGCUGGCUACCAUGUCCCAAAAGACACAUGGCUAUUAAUAAACAUGUGGAAGCUCCACCGUGAUCCAACGAUAUGGUCUGAGCCAUGUGAGUUCAGACCAGAGAGGUUCUUAACCGAGAACCAUAAAGAUGUAGAUGUUAUUGGGGCAAAUUUUGAGUUAAUCCCUUUUGGUGCUGGAAGAAGGUCUUGUCCGGGGAUGGGUUUGGCGGUUCAAAUGUUGCAUAUGGUUCUUGCCACUUUGUUACAAAAAUUUGAAAUGUCGACUCCAAAUAAUGAACCGGUUGAUAUGACCGCGAGCGCUGGAUUGACAAACGCUAAGGCUAGUCCGCUUGAAGUCCUAGUUUCCCCACGGUUUCCUCCAAUGAUGGUUUAACUGCAGAUAUAUUUGAAGGAUAUGUAUCAUUGUGUUUAAAGUAUGUUGAUUUUUUUUUUUAAUAUAUAUUGCAUGUUUUGUAUCUCAAAUAAACUGUAUCGAAAAUUAAUUGUAUAACUCAAUCUUUAAAAUAAGUAUACUAAAUCAUUUUCAUAUCAA